UUUAGGGGGUGUUGGGAUGGGUAAAAGGGAGGGAUUUGGGUGGUUAGGGGGAUUUAGGGGGUUCUUGAGGGUAGUUUUUGAGGAGGUAUGAAAAGGAGGAAAAAGGGGUUUUGUGGAGUUGUGGAUAUUUUGUUGGAAGGUAUUGAUGGCAAAAAUUAAUUUUGGAUCAGACCUUCUAGUAUUUCGAAUCUGACAACAACUAUAAGACUUGAAUCUUGAAUAUUAUAGCCAUCAAACAGAUAUUCAAAAAUGAAUAGCUAUUUUAAUCAAAGAACAAAACAUCACAAAGAAAAACUUCUUCUGUUUAUACAGAAAAAUAAGAUCCAAAAUAUUAAACAAAUUCUAACAGAGCUCACUCUAAACAGCCUCCAUAAACCCCUCACCCUUCUUCCAACUCAAUUCCACCAUCUCCAAAUCUCCUCUAUCUUUCUCUUCAAAUCUCCCACCCCCACCCCUCUCCUUCGAAAUUCCUCCCAUAACCCCAAUUCCUCCACCCUCUCAUUCUCCACCCUCCUUACUAUCCUAACCUGUCACUACAAUAAUGUGUCAAUGCUCUAAGCCACUGUGUUCUAAAAUUUCUUCCUUGUCAGAACAAAUUCUGGUGCACUGAAUUGUAUUAUUUUGAAACUCUUUCCACACCUACUUUACCGACCAGAAAUUUUACUGUGAGAAGAAUUGAUCAUUCUGAAUUUUAUGUAAUGAUUGGCGACCAAAGAAGUGUGCAGAAAAGAUCCAAGGAGAUUCAGGUGAAGAUAGCUUUAGAGGUGAGCUUAGGGAUGAGGAGAGCUUGUUGAGGUUUGAAAGCAAGAAUGAAAUUUGAUAAAGGUACUUUCCGAAUAUUCUGAUUAUGAUGGGUGGUCUAAGUGGAUGUGGAAGAUAUUUAAGUGUAAGAAUUUAUAUAAAAAUAAAAGUCAAAACAAAACUGAUCACUAAGAUUCAGUAAGUUUUGCAUAAGUUUUGAAGCAAAAGACCUCCAAGACAUAAAGCAUCCAAAAACUUUAAAAAUCUCCAACUCCAUAACCCCCUCACUCCUUCCUCACCCUCCCCAAUCUAAACAUCACUCCCCUCUCUGUCUCAAAAUCCCAAAUUUCCACCUCUCGGACACCAUGGCUGCCAUAUCACACAUAAUCUCCUCCCCGCUUAAAACC